AUGGCGUCGUUCGAGACCAAGGCCACAAUCGCCACCUUCGGCGGCAAGCUGCUCAAGGUCUCCCACGAGUCCUCCACCACCGGCACUCCGAUGGCCGUCAACGUCUUCCUCCCGCCCUCCGUCACCUCCUCCUCCUCUUCCCCCAAAAAGGUCCCCGUCCUCAUCUACCUCUCCGGCCUCACCUGUACCCCGGACAACUGCUCCGAGAAGGGGUUCCUGCAGGCCUCGGCCGCCAAGCACGACAUCGCCAUCGUCUACCCAGACACCUCCCCCAGGGGCGCCAACAUUGCCGGCGAGGACGAGUCCUACGACUUUGGCACCGGCGCGGGCUUCUACAUUGACGCCACCGCCGAGCCCUGGAGCAAGAACUACCGCAUGGAGUCGUACAUCACCAAGGAGCUGCCCAGCGCGCUCUUUGGCUCCGAACAGUUCGGCAAGGUCCUCGACAAGGACCGCGUCUCCAUCACGGGCCACUCGAUGGGCGGGCACGGCGCCCUGACCCUGUUCCUCAAGAACCCGGGCAUGUACCGCUCCGUCUCGGCGUUUGCGCCCAUCUGCAACCCCACCAAGGCGCCCUGGGGCGAGAAGGCCUUCUCGGGAUACUUUGGCAAGGACUCGGGCGUGGACGAGUGGAAGAAGCACGACGCCACCGAGCUCCUCAAGACUUACUCUGGCGACAAGGCCAAGCUCGAUGUACUGAUUGACGUCGGCACGGGCGACAACUUUUACAAGCAGAAGCAGCUGCUCCCCGAGAACUUUGAGGCUGCCGCCAAGGAGGUUGGUGUUGAGAAGGGCGUCACUGUGCGGUAUCAGCCCGAUUACGACCACUCGUACUAUUUCAUCUCGACUUUUGGCGCGGAUCAUGUCGCCCACGCUGCAAAGUAUCUGGCGUAG